AUGACUUUGUUAGUUUUGCAUUUAAAAAUUAUCAAAUUUAUCAUUUGGAAAUGAAGUUUGCAAUUGCUUAAACGGCUAUAAAAAUAUUACCCCAAAAUAUAAAAAAUUAACAAAAUCGGCUUCGAUAUCGUUACGUAUCCUGGCAAUGGAUGAAAAGGUUGUAAUCUCUCCUGGGCAGUCGAAGAAUCCCAUUGAUGCCCUGAGUAAAGAAGAAUUGAUUCAUAAAUAUAAGGGACUGCUAGGAAUCGCCAAAAAGGCGAAACAAGCCAAAGAUGAGUUUGCUGAAGAAAAUCGUAAAUUGAAAGAAGCGCUCAUGGAAAGUGAAACUCAAAAAGAGGCCGACAAAAUGUCGAUUCUGAUCAUGAAAGAGACGCUCGAGCAAUUUACGGAACAAAAACUAAAGCUAACAAGCGAGCUCUGUGAUCUUCAAAAAAAAUGUACAGCAGACGAAGAGGCCGUAACCAAAUUACGCAUCGAAAACGAGUCACUGCAGCGACAGUUGAAUAGACUUAAUGAUGACAAUGAAUCGCUUUUGAAGGAUAUUGACCGCAUGGAAGAUCAACUAAAGCAAGUAAAUAUUUUGGGGAUGGAACAAAAAAAGCAUUUGGGAUUGCUUGAACUUGAAGUAAAUAAGUUGAAGGAAGCAGAAAGUAUUAACACUGCUUUACAGAGUACAGUAUCCGUUACCCAAGAAGAAAAUAAAGCACUCAAAGAGCACGAAAAUAGUGUUACACUGGCGUUAGAGGAACUUUCACGCAAGUACAGACGAGCCAAAGAAAUCCACGCGGAACAGCGGCUUAAGUUUAACGCUUUGAAAGAUCGUUUUGUAGAAAUUCAUCGUAAGUUGAAAAAUCUAAAGGAAUGUAAGCGCGUACUGCUAGAAACACAACACGAAUACGCUGAAGCUGUAUCAAAGUGGCAAAACGAGAUAGUAGAGGCUUCCAAACUUAUAUUCGCUCAAGUUAAUAUACUGCAAAGAGAGAAUAAAGAUCUUCGACAACAAUUAAAAUCAAAUAAUGUAUUGAAUAAUGAGUCUACAGUUAAGCUAUCAACGGCGGAUUAUUUUAGUGUCGAACCGUUCCACACAAAGUUGCAAGAAUUAGAAGAGCUAUGCGAACGUGUGCGUCAGGAUUCAAUGGCAAAGGACAAGCUUUUGUUAAAGGCACAAUUGAAAGAGAAGGAAUUAAAAAAUAUGAUUGUUUCACUAAAUGACAAAAUAAAAGAACAAGAUAAUGACAAACAAAAAGAGGAACAUGAAACGGAAGUAAAGUGCUUUAAUCAAGAGAUUUCUGACUUAAAAACCCAGUGUCACAUAUGUAAACCUCGUUUAGAGGCUGGUGAAAUUAAUAUCUUGCAAAAUGAAUUGUUAGAGCGCUUGGAUACUUUGGAAAYUGAGCGAAACUCUUUAAUUGAGGAAUGCAAAAGAAUAGAGGAACUGCAAUCGGACAAGCAGCGCUUGCAGAUUGAAAUUGAUAAUUUGAAUAAAAAGUUGAGUGAAACUACGCAAGUUCAUAAAGAUUUACAGCAAACUCGAGACGUACUAAAACAGCUUGAAGAGGAAAAAAAUUCGGYAUUASAACAAUUACAACAACAACAAAAUGAAAAGCAUAAGUCAGAAGACUCAACUAAAUUCACCGAUGAAAAUUAUAUGGAACUUCAUAAACGAUAUUCACAAAUGGAGCGGGAGCACGCUGAUUUACUUUGCGAAAUGCGCGAAUUAAAUGAAGCAUUGAAAGCGCGAGGUGAUGUCAUUUCGCGUCAACAAGAAAAGCAACAGGAGCUAACAAAUGAGCUGAGAAAAACCAACACAAAGUUGAAGCAAAUUGAUGAAAAACUAUUGCAAAAGGAUGUAGCCAUAGCAGAAAAGGAGGCACAAGUUCGUGAAAUAACACGAGAAAUCGAUUUGACUCGCCAGCAGACACAUGUACUCGAAGUUGCUAGCAGCCGGAGCGACGAGCAGCUGAGAGCCCUCAAUGAGGAAUUGCAAACACUACGCAGCAACGCUGAUGCACAAAGCGAAGUACUCUCUACAUCGACCAUUUCACGAGCSGAAGAACUCUCGCGAUUGCGCGAAAUCGACGAUAGUUUCGAAGAGAAGUACAAUAAAAUGCGUGGCCUUGCCGUUAAACUAAAGAAAAAAUUGCAAGAACAAACUGGACAAUUGCAAGAAAUGGAGCAACAGCAGUCCGUGCAUGUGGCGAAGAAAGCGGAAUUGGAGGAGGCGCGCAAACAAUUAAAACUUUUGCAACGAGAGCAUGAAGAACAACAAAAAAAUAUCGAGUCACUAAAAACGGAGAAUCAAAAGUUGAAGUCAUCCCGCAAGCAAGCGAAUGUACUUAAUUUAGAAAUUGAAGCAGCAGAGAAAUCGCUUAUGGAAGCAACCACAAAACUUGCAGCUAAAAUCGRUGAACUAGAGUCGCUCAAUGCGCUCCUAUCCAACAAAGAACAUACCAUUACACAAUUACGCAAAGAAAUAGCAAUUGUUGAGUCGGCAAAAGAUUCAGAAGCAUUACAUGCGAAGGAACUAAAGGAACAAGUUGACCUAUUGCAGGAGCAACUGAAGGAUGCRGUACAUGCCAAACAGGUGACGAGUGAGGCCAGAAAGCAGCUGGAGCUGUCACAAGAAGGUUUAAAACAAGAACUCGAACAGAUCAAGCUGGAAAUAUCGCAAUGCUCUGCUGAGAGCUCCGCCGCCUUGUUAUCAACGCAAAAUGAAAAACAGAAAUUGGAGCAGCGUCUACACCAAACCGAAGUGAAUCUUAAAGAAACACAAAUUAAGUUGCAAAACGUCGAAGGCUCAUUKAAUAGUUUGCGAACCGAACAUGCUGAAUAUAAACAAAAAGCACAAGCCGUCUUGCGAAAACAACAGAAUACCGACACCACACGUGAGCGUGAACUAGCAGAGGAGCUAACGCAUGCGCGAGCCAUUGAAGAGCAACUGCGACAGACGAUCACGGCGCAAACUAAAAAACUUGUCGAACUAGAACAACAAAUAGCAGACUUGUAUUUAGACAACGAGAAUCUGCAGAGCCGAACCCGAGCGCUAAGUGCUUUGGAGGACGAGUUACGCCAGCAAAAUGACCAUCUAGUGCAAGAACAACGCUUGCAAUUGCAAAAACAUCAGGAGACCCUUCGCACACAUCGGCUGCAAUUGGAAACAGCACAUGAGUGUCACGCACAGCAAGUGCAAGAUAUGCAAGCAAAAUAUCAACAGCAAAUCGAUGAGCUUCGAGCAGUACAGAACCAAACAGUGCGUGUACCGCCCACUGUAGGUGCAGCUGCAGUAUCAAACGUAAAUGCAUCCUCAAUGCAUACACCCACAUACAUCGAAGCGAGUUCAAAUCAAUUGCUAAUGCUUGCCGAACGUGAGGAUGCAGAGGGUUCGGAGGAAGCCAAUAUAGCUAUCAAUACCACUAAAGUUCAAGCACUACGAAAGAUUUCCAGUAGUUCACGACGCUCCCAACACGACUUUAUGCCGCUAGAUGAAUUGCUUAACACACCAAUGCAUGCCUUCCAAACGGACACCGUUACCACGAUUGGCAGCAACAGCCUGGGCUGGAAUGAAUUAAAUUCCGGCAAUAACAAUACUGAGACCUUACAGGGGGAACUACAUGUAACUCGAGAAUUACUUGCGAAGCAAGAGAGUAGCGUGCGCCAUCUUACAGCGCUUUUAGCUGAGAAUGAACAAGAUUUGGCAAAAUUGACACAGAUGAAUGAUAUGCUAAAGGAAGAGUUGCGGCGACAAGAACGUGCCGUCGAACGGGAACAGCAUAUGCACAAUGCGGAAUAUUUGAAGAACGUCGUAUUGAAGUUCCUUAUGCUGACUAAUGGUGACGAGCGUGUACGUCUAGUUCCGGUACUUCAAACCAUAUUAAAACUUAGUCGCGAAGAAAAAGACAUCUUGAACUGCGUGGCCAAAGGACAAAAAUUGCCCACUGAAACACAAGGACGUGGUUGGGGCAGUUUUCUACCACUUUUCGGAAGCGGUGGAAAUAGUUGAAAUCGAAAAAACUAUAUAGUAUAUUUUAAAGUAUUUGAGCAUAAUUUGUGUUGGGAGCUUUGAAUUAAUAUAAAGAUGUAAAAUAUCGGAAGACAGUAAAUACCUACACAACAAAUUGUUGACGACCACAAGUUUGAUGUUUUCGUAAUUAUUCAAGCCAAUUUUAUUUGCUUUCAAAGUAUUUUUUUGUUUUUUGUUUUCAUUUCCAUUACUCUGUGUCAGUGUCUAUAAAUGCAAUUUUUAUAUUUAAAAUAUGUAUAGGUAUACGUAAAAUUAUUAUGCCAUGCUAAAGAAAUGUAUUUAUCCUAGGCAAUUAUCAACUUUAGGCAACAAUAUUUGUAUUAUUUACAUGCAUGCAUGUACAUAUAAAAGSAAAGAACCUUACAAAUUGUAUAACGUAUUAUUUUUCGAAAAUAUUGGCAAAAAUCAAAARACCCCACCAAACAUUAUUCCAAUAGAUUGAAAAUUAAUUAAAUGUACCAAAUGUAAAUAAAGUGCUAAAUUAUUAAACGUUA